GGAAAAGAAAGUAGGAGAAUUUAAUUUUUUUUUAUUUAAGUUUAUUUGCAAAAACAGAUAACUUCAUUUUUUUUUUUUUUUUCAAAUAAGAUUUUUUUUUUAUUAUGCUAUCAUGUUUUUAUUGUGUUUUAUUGUGUUAGUUAGCUGUAUUUUAAGAAAGGAACACAAAUAAAUGCUUACAUUAUUGCAAAAAAUCAUACAAACUAUGCACAUUUAGUUAAAUGUCUAAGUACGAACUCAAGUGCCUCAGGGACAUGACAAAAUGCUUAGUUUAAGAUAUUAUUAUAUGCUAAAAAUUAUUAAAAUGCAAUAAUUAUAUAUAUGUGUGUGUGUGUGUAUAUACACACACACUUCUAUUACUAUAUAUAAUAUUCUUAUAACACACUUCUAUUAAUAUAAUAUAAUAUAGCCUACUUUCAUACAUUAUGGGUUUAUGACAAACAAAAACAAAAGUAAUUUGAAUUUAGAUCAACACGUCUGCUUUCACAGCGUACCACGAAAGCGACACCUAUCUCUGCCUUUUAAGUUUCGUUUUCGUGACAUCGAAUCUUUCAAUACGCAGACCGAAAGGAAAAAACACAUCCUGAAGUAUAAUAUGAGCCAAGGUUUCAGUUUCCAUUCUGAGUUUAACACUCCCAUCUCUAGGAGAGGUUAAUAAAGCCUGCACAACCUUCCUCAUCAAGUAGAUUCUGAAGCAUUUAUCGUACAGACGUCCUAGAUAAGAUAUGGAUCUGGACAGAACUCUGAGAACAAAACUUCACCAACUGGAGUGCCACUUCACCUGGGCUCUGAUGAAAGAUGAUAUGGAUCUAAAUGAUCUUCUCAGUAGACUGGAAGAACAGAUUAAGUUGGACCUCGCAAAGAAAGAAGUACUUGCCCGAACUUACAAUGCUCUGGCAUAUGUCCAGUUCCUUCUGGAGUUUCACGAGGAGGCACAUAACAACCUCAUGACAUCCGUGGAGCUACACAUGGAAUGCCAUGGGGAUGAAUUUCACAAGACACUCAUUGUCACUUAUGGAAACCUUGCCUGGUUAAACUACCACAUGAGCAACUACACAGAAUGUGAAAGUUAUCUGAAGAAGCUUCAGGAGAUCAAUGAAACCUUUCCAACUGAGUUUUCAUCUGUUCCAGAGGUGCUUGGUGAGAAGGGAUGGACUUUUCUUAAAUUCUCAUGCAAAUAUUAUGAUAGAGCCAAACAAUGUUUCAGGAAGGCUUUAGAUCUGGAACCCGAGGAAGGUGAAUGGAAUGCUGGUUAUGCCAUUGCUCUGUAUCGCACCGAAUACGAGAGAGUCUCUUUGGAGGAUUCACCUACAAUAAAGCAACUGAGACGGGCCAUUGACACAAAUCCAGAUGAUGACGUUCUCAAAGUCCUCUUAGGCAUGCGACUGGUUAUUUACAAGAGGUACGGAGAGGCUGAAAGCUUGGUAGAGAAGGCUUUAGAAAGAUCUCCAGAUCAUCCACAUGUCAUGCGAUAUGUUGCGAAAUUCUUCAGGAAUCAAGGAAGUGUGGACAGGUCAAUUGUUCUUUUGAAGCGAGCGCUUGAAAACUCACCCAACUCAAGUUUCAUACACCAUCAGUUAGCUCUUUGCUAUAAGCAGAAGAAAAUCCAACUGCAGCAGGAGGGAAGUCACCAUGCCAAAGGGUCAAGAGUUCAACAGAUUCGCGAUCAAUGCAUCUAUCAUUUAGAAAGGGCCACCAGCCUGACAGCCUCCUUCAUUUCUGCAAUGAGCGAUCUAGCGCUGAUGUACGGAGAAAACCACGACAUGUUGCGGGCUGAGGAGCUGUUUCAGGUCACUUUCAAAGCAGCCAAAGAGAGAAACGACAAUCUACAUGUGGUCAAUUUUUAUUAUGCCGAAUUCCAGCUGUACUGCCACAGAUGUGAGCAGUUAGCUAUCAAACACUUCAUGGAAUGUCUGAAGAUGAGCCCUGAUUUGAUCGAAGGGAAGAGAAGUGCCUACAGAUUAAAGAAGAUCGCUGACAAACGGAUUAAGAGAAACUCGCUGGAAGGGGAGGCUUAUGGGAUACUAGGCUUCCUUCAUAAGAUAAAAGGGGAGAAGCAUGAAGCCAUUGAGUUCUAUGAGAAAGCUCUGAGUUAUGAAGACAAUGAUGAGUUCCUCAGUCACCUUAGUGCACUCAGGAUGUCCUUACAGUAAAGUCAUCACGUAUUAUGUGCUUACACUAUCAAAUGUACAUUAUUCAAUAUGCAUUUGGGUGUGCUACAUGUACUGACACUUUAUUUAUUCUAUAACUGUAUAAUGGAGAUUAAGAAAAGAGAGAUCAGAAAAUAUAUAAUAUACUGCAACUUUAUGUUUAUGUUCUAAGAUUAAUGGCUAAAAAUAUUUUACAGUAUUUCUAAACUGUCAUAACCCAAAAGGUACA